UACUCCCAAAACUUUAUGAUUUUGCUAAGAAGUUCUGCAGACAACUUGGCAAGUGCUGAAGAGCUGAGUUACACAAUAUCUGCACAAAUGGCGUCUGGCAGUGAGAAACGAAUUCAAAUGAGUGAUGGGAACAAGAUCCCUAUUAUAGGAUUUGGCACGUUUGCCCCUGAAUAUUUGCCAAAGGCUCCGAGUGAAGAAGCCACAAAACUUGCAAUUGAAGUUGGUUAUCGCUAUAUAGAUGGAGCCCACCUAUAUCGCAAUGAGGAAGAAGUUGGAAAGGCCAUCAAAGAAAAGAUUAAAGAUGGAACAGUAAAACGUGAAGACAUUUUUUAUACAGGGAAGUUGUGGAGCUCCUUUCAUGUACCUGAACUAGUUGAAAAAAACGUAAGACAAUCCCUGAAGACACUCCAGCUGAGCUACAUGGAUCUUUUUAUCAUCCACUGGCCUUUUUCUUUCAAGUCUGGAGGAAGUUUUUUCCCAAGGGAUGAAAAUGGCAAAAUUAUUCUUGACUUAAAUGCUGACCUGUGUGCUGUUUGGGAAGCCAUAGAGAAAUGUAAAGAUAAGGGACUGGUUCGAUCAAUUGGGGUCUCCAACUUUAACGAGAAACAGCUUGAGAUGAUCCUUAACAAACCAGGUCUGAAGUACAAGCCAGUUUGUAACCAGGUGGAAUGUCAUCCGUACCUAACUCAGAAAAAGUUGAUGGAGUACUGCAAGAGUAAAGACAUAUUGAUGACUGGGUACAGUGUUGUGGGGUCAAACAGACAUAGAGAUUGGGUGGACCACAAUGCCCCAAUUCUACUAGAAGACCCAGUGCUAAAUUCAUUAGCUAAGAAACACAACAAGACUCCAGCUCAGAUAUCAAUCCGAUACCUAAUCCAACGUGAGAUUGUGCCCAUUGCGAAGAGCUAUAAUCCUGAGCGGAUCAAGGAAAAUUUUCAGGUCUUUGACUUUCAAUUGCCUCAAGAAGACAUGGAAACUAUUGAUGGACUGAACAGAAAUCUGCGUUAUAUGUUAUUCCCAGAAUUUUUAGAUCAUCCACAACAUCCAUUCAGAGACGAAGUCUGAGAAAUAUACAAUCCUAUACAUGGCCGGACUGGGAAUAAAAGCAGCCCUGGAAAAAAGUUGAAGACCAGUCCCAUUUUUCAAUAAAGGGACAGUCAACUCAAAUAUUGGUAUUGUUUAAAAAGAGAGAUAAUCCCUUUAUGACCCAUUCCCCAGUUUUGCACAGCCAACAUGGUUAUAUUCAUAUUCUUUUAACCUCAGCCCCCUGAUCACAUGGCUUUUUAUUUUUUUAUCUAUUGACUAGCCUUUUAGCCAAUUAGUGCUUUGUCAGCCACAACCCACAGGUGUGAGCACAAUGUUAUCUAUAAGGCCCGCAUGGAUUAAUAGUCUCUUGUUGGGAAAAGCUAAUAAAAAAGCAUGUGAUAAGUAGUGACUAAUAAACAGGCAGAAAUUUAGAGGCUAAACUGUCAUAAAGUAUAUUAACCCUUUGAGUGCUGUGCACUUUCCCACUUGGGUGCUAAGCUGAUAUGAGGGGUUUUGAAUUUUUUUAAAUUAUUAUUUUUUUUUUACUUUUUUUUUUUUCAGAUCCCCAAGACCUAUACCGUUGGAAAGGUUUAGGCGAUUACCUUUCCAACGGUGGGUCUUGGGGGUCUGUAGCUGCUUAGAUGCCUCAGAUACAGGCUACAUCCCUAUACUUGUCAUUGUCUUUUUUUAAUAAAGUUGUGCGGUGACGUCAUCACAUCAUUGAGCGUGACAUCAACAGGCAAAACGUGAAGUCCUGGUGAUGCCUGUCACUAUACAGGCCCGAUCGCCGGGGUAGGAGUGGGUAGGAGCCCCCAGAUCUCCCUGAAGGUGGGAGAGUGCUAGCAACGGCUCUGAGCCGUCGUUAGCACCUGAGUAGGAAACUCUGCGACAACUCAAAACCGUCAUUAGCACUCAAGGGGUUAAUAUAACAAUUUUGUUUGUGCAAAGCUGGGGAAUGGGUAGUAAAGGUGUUAUCUAUCUUUUUAAACAAUAACAAUUUUGGUGUUGACUGUCCCUUUAAGUUUGUAGAAUGCACAAGCCCCUUUUUUCCCAAGGGGAUAACUUUGAUACUCCUUUCCCCAAUAAUUUUCAGAAUUAAAUUAUCUCCGUUUGUAAUAAAAAAAAGUAAUUGCCAGAAUGUUGUUGUAUAGGCCCACUACAACUGCAUAUAAUCCAUGGCUCCCUUUCACAGUGGGAAAAUGAUUAUCUAUAGUGUCAACUGGAGUAGACAGACACUUAAAACAGUAUGCCACUUUUGACUAGAUAAUAGAAACCCUUAAUACUUAUCGCUCAGAAGAGGAAAGAAGAGAGGUGAUACAUUUGUAUGACUUCACCAGCCUCACCACCCCCUUUCAUGAAAGCUGGCCAGCCCCAGCUGCUCCGGCCCCCUAGGAAAUCAGCUGGUGGCCUGGUAGACCGAUCCUGCCUAAUGACCCCCAAUGAAAUAUUUUUCUACCAUGAUAUGAAUACAUGAUUCUACAUUUGAAAAUGUAACUUGCUAUAACAAUUACCGUUGCCAGCUGCCUUCUACACAAAUACUAAAAAAAAUACUUUAAAAAAAUACUAGGCCUAGGAAUGGGAGGUAGGUGGGAGUAAAACCUUGACCUAUUUCCAAUGCUUUAAAUACCGCUACACUUGUAAUCUGGACCUAUAUUAAUAAGAUAACAUAUAAGUGAUAGUGGAACGUAAACUUGUGUUGUCAUAAAACAAUAGUACAGUGAGGCCCCGGUUUACGCACGACUCGGUAUACGAAAUUUCGGUUUACGAAAUCGAAAUUUGAAGAAAAUUUGACUCGGUUUACGAAUUUUUUUCGCAAUACGAAACAAAAUGCCGGUUUGCCCCCCUCGGUUUACGAAUAUUUUUCGCAAUACGAAACCAGUGGCCCCUGUGCCCCCUGCAUACUCAAGUAUGAUUGAAUUAAUGAAGUUUGGGUACCAGUGUAGAGGUGUUGGAGAGGUUUUGGAGCCAUUUUGCAGCAAGUUGUUGAGCCUUUUGGAGCCAUUUGCAGCAAGUUGUUAAGCCUUUUGGAGCCAUUUGCAGCAAGUUGUGGAGCCUUUUGGAGACAUUGGAGCCAUUUGCAGCAAGUUGUUAAGCCUUUUGGAGCCUUUUGGAGCCUUUUUUGGACACUUUACUUGAAUUUUUUCGGACCUCCGGAACGCAUUAAUUGAUUUUCAAUGCAUUCCUAUGGGAAACCGUGUUUCGGUUUACGAAUUUUUCGCAAUACGAAACGACCCGGAGAACGAAUUAAAUUCGUAAACCGAGGCCUCACUGUAAUUGCUAAAGAAUAUGCUAAAUCUACCUAAACUACAGCAAGGGGCAUGAAUUUUAUAACUGGUAAGUAUAUAACCAAUUCCUUAUCUUAUUGCAAACUUUAAAUGAGAUCACAUAUGCAGAGCCAUCAUGAGAAUAAACAAUGUGACUCAAAUUUCUUUCUUUGCUACAAUGUAAAACACUUUACACAUU